AUGAUCGAAGGGCAUGAGGUGAACAAGGUUUUAGUUGACGGAGGUGCAGCUGUCAACAUACUUCCAAGGACUAUGCUGAAAAGGUUUGGGAAGUCCACAGCCGAUUUAAAGCCCAAUAAUAUACUUAUGUCAGAUUAUGCAGGAAAUUCAUCCCACCCUGAGAGCAUGAUUUUGCUCGAUGUUCAGAUCGGAAGCGUGACAAGAACUACUAUGUUCAUAUUCUUCGUGCUGGGCGCAUUUCUUCGCGUGGUCUCAGGUUUGGAAGUGCUCGAUACGGAUCAGAAAGAGUAUGAGGUAAGAAUGUAUUUCGCAGAUCAACAAUUAACUGCAUUUGCGAAAACAAGGCCUUUUGAUGCCCACAAUGCUGGUGUUAUGGAUGAAGAAGAAGGAUUGGAUCGAGGAUUGGUUGAGCAUAGGUUAGCCAUGAUUCUUGGAAAGAAACCUGUUAAGCAAAGCCCUCGAAGGUUCGCUCCUGAAGUAAUCGAAAAGAUAAAAGAAGAAAUCGAGAGGUUAUUGAAAACAAAGUUCAUCAGAACCUCAAGAUAUGCUGAGUGGAUAUCAAAUAUCGUGCCCGUUAUAAAAAGGAAUGGAAAACUCAGGGUAUGCAUCGAUUUUCGAGAUCUCAACACAGCUACUUCCAAGGAUGAGUAUCCUAUGCCUAUUGCUAAGACUAUGAUAGAUGCUGCUGCAGCAGGAGAGUUUCUGGGAUUUGUCAUAUACCAGAAGGGGAUCGAAGUGGAUAGAAAUAAGACUAAAGCUAUCAUGGAAACUAGACCUCCAUCGAACAAGAAAGAACUUCAAUCUCUCCUAGGUAAAGUAAACUUUCUGAGAAGAUUCAUAUCGAAUUUAUCUGGCAAAACUAAAGUGUUUUCUCCACUAUUGCGUCUGAAAAAGGAGGAAGAAUUUCGAUAG